AUGGUGGGAGUUCAAAUUCAAGGAUGGAGGAACGCUUCACAACAGGACCUUGUGAAUUUUAUUAGCAGAAAAUCGAGAAUCAUACUACAGAACGUUCAGUCAAAUAUGAGCAGCGGUGUGUUGACAGCAUUUGUUCGAAGUAUGAAAGACGCAGAGGAAUUAGAGAAAUGUUCAGGUAUAAGAUUUGCUGGUGACACCUUAAGAAUUCAGAUUAUCGAUCCUGUCGGCAUCAGCGGUGAUGGAAGAAAUCAGGUUACGAUGAACACGAUAUCGAUUCUUCGCUCCUUUCUUAGAGCUAGAUACAAUGCUUCUGCUAAAAUGUUGGAUUUAACCAAUAUGGUGAACGAUCAGACGUUGGUUCAAAACGGUCUCUUUUCCUCAUCUACUACUUCAUCCAAGUUCUUUCCCGCUCUGAUGAAGUUGGCCACUCAGGAUAAGAUGGAUGUUGAGUCUAUAAAUUUGUCUGACAACCGUUUGGAUGACAAUUGCAGAUACCUAACAGAGUUGGCCUUGAGUUAUCCCAAGUUGAAGAAUCUGGCUAUCGGCAACAACAAGAUUUCCCGCUUGGAAUUUUUCAACAGGCUAAAAAAUAAGUUCCCAUACUUAAGGGAGUUGAUUGUGUCCGGAAACCCGUUGGUUGCCAAUGACAAUCCUACUGUUUUGAAAGGUAUAGUAGACAUCUUUCCUCGACUAAUUAUAAUAAAUGGACAGCAAGUUAGAGACGAGGCAAAAGUUAAUGCCUUGUUCAACUUCCCUGUUGUUACGAAGUCAAUGUUCUUUGAAACACCAGACCUGUCCAAGGUAGCUGCCAAUUUCAUAGCAGCAUAUCUCAAUAUGUGGGAUGGUCAAAGACAUGAUCUUCUGCAAUUGUACACUCCUGACUCUCAGUUUUCUUAUCAGGUGGAUACCACUCGUGUGGGAGAUGCACCUUCCGGGCCAAUGAGUUCUGCAAAUGGGUCGGCUGGCUCGAGUUGGUCUCACUACUUAUCGCACUCUAGAAAUUUAAAGAGGGUCUCUGGGGCCAGAUCCCGCAUGAUUAGAUUAUUUGUGGGUACAGAUGCCAUUGGUAAGGCAUUUCAAGCGUUGCCCAAGACACAGCAUUCACUACAGCAGAAUCCAAACCUUUAUUCUAUGGAGACUAUCUCUUUCCCUCCUCUUAACGGAAUGCAAAUAACUCUUCACGGUGAGUUCAACGAGACUGCUCAUCCUGAGCAGCCGUUCCCCGAACAUAAAUCGUCUAACAGAGGCGGCAGAUACAAUAACCAAUCCAGGGGGGGAAGUCGCCUUGAAAAAAGAUCAUUUGACAGGGCUUUCGUCGUUAUUCCAGGUCCUGGAGGAAGCUUUAUUGUGGCUUCUGAUAUGUUACUCGUUAAGCCAUAUUCAGGUAACCUUGCUUGGAGUGAGGAACAGAGACCAGUUUCUGCGCCUAGCGCCGUCGCUGUUAUUCCACCGGUUGGUCUGGCAAGUAAUGGAGUGGCCGUUCCCGGUAUUGGUGCAACUUCUAAUAUGGCUCCCGUUGCCUUGGCACCAAAUCAGAUAUUUCCUCCCGAUGUGGCUGCCAAGUUGAGUCCCGAGCAGCAACAACUCGUGUUAAAAAUUAUGCACGAGACAAGGUUGAACUUGCAGUUUACUAUUAUGCUCUGUGAGCAGAGUAAUUGGAACUAUGCCGCCGCUGGUCAGAAUUUUGCCAACUCGAAAAGUCAAAUCCCCCCACAGGCGUACCAAUGA